AUGUUCCUGCUCCUGGUCUUCCUGGUGGCUGUCCUACCAGUCAGCACUGAAGGAGGAAAAAUAUUUUGGGGUAUAGAAGCCAAACAGCACUCCCGACCCGUGGCAUUCAUAUAUUUUUAUGACGGCAAAUCAGUCAUCCACCCGAGUGGUGUUUUCCUGGGGGAGGAAGACAUCGUAAUGACAGAAGCUCACUGCAGUGGAAGCAAUAUAAGUGGAACCUUGGGGGCUCACAAUAUCAAAAAAAGGAAAAACACCCAGGUCAUUCCUGUUUUCAAACCCUUCCCUCAAUAGGGCUUCAAUAGAAAAACACCAGUUAAUGAGAUCAUGCUACUGAAGCUGGAACACAAAGCAAACCUCAAUGAUGUUUUGAAGACCAUUGCCUUUCCGAAGAGCCAGGGCAGGGUGAAACCUGGGCAGGUGUGCACAGCGGCAGGCUGGAGAAAACUGGCCAAUUGCAGUCUGUCUAACACACUUCAGAAAGUGAAUCUAGAAGCUCAAAAAAGCCAGACGUGCCAAGAAAUCUCCAAAGACUGCAGCAACUCCAUUCACCUCUGUGUGGGAAGUCCCAACGAGAAGAAGGCGAGUGGUGGGGGAGAUCCCAGGGGCCUCUGUAUGUGUGACAAUGUAGCCCACAGAAUUAUCAGUCAUCACUACUAUACCGGACGACCUCCUCGAAUAUUCACCAGAUUCUCCAGCUUUAUGCCUUGGAUUCAGAAAACAAUGAGACUUCUUCAACAGCCCUAG